UAAAGAUGUGGAGUGUACAAAUGAAAGUAUUACUGCAGCCAUAGUAAGAGCAGCUUUAAAAUCUAUCCCUAAGAAUAAGGGAAGUGGGGAAGUAGUAUCUUGGUGGUCGGAUGAAUGCAAAGAUGCAGUGAGGAAAAGGGCGUUCGGUUUAUUUCAAAAGAUGCAUAAUGUCCAGCACUUGAAUUAUAAAAUGGCACCGGCUGUUGUACGGAGGACCAUUAGCAAAGCGAAAAGAGAUUACUGGCAUAAAUUAUGUUGUUCUGUAGGCAGAUCGACCCCACUAGAGAAUACCUUUAACGACAGGUCUUGAUUUUACGAGCAUUUAUUAAUGACUUCUAGACUGAUUUCGUAUGCGUCAGUAAGUUUUUUUCUACGUUGUAAAUCGUGUUUUUGUUAAGAUUGAGUAUUCAAGUUAGUAUAGUAGUCGGCAAUGCGCUGAUUCGGGCACGACCUUGUUCUGUGGUUCACAUUCUAGCCAGUAGGUGGCGGUAACGAAAGUUGGUAACCAUCGUCGUUAAACUCCAAAAGAAGAAGAAGAAAAUAAGCUGUCUGCGAGACAGAGACUGCUGCGAGAGGGACAAUGAAGGCGUCCGGCACAAAUCGUAUGAAAUAGGGCAUUGUAGGUCUAGGUGACUCGUGCUAACCAUGUGCCGUUGGGAGGCCCAUUGAAAAGUUGGACGGGGAAACCAUGAGUUCUACUUAAUGUAGGCAAUGUCCUACACUGACUCUUAGCGAAUAUAAAGUCAUCGGGCGUCUGCUGCCCUCAGCUAAGAACCCCGCCCCUCCCCUCUACCGCAUGCGGAUCUUCGCGCCCAACCACGUGGUGGCCAAGUCCCGCUUCUGGUACUUCGUCUCUCAGCUGAGGAAGAUGAAGAAGGCUUCGGGAGAGACGGUCUACUGUGGGCUGGUGUUUGAGAAGUCCCCGCUCAGGGUGAAGAACUUCGGCAUCUGGCUGCGCUACGACUCCCGCAGCGGCACCCACAACAUGUACCGCGAGUACCGCGACCUCACCACCUCUGGCGCCGUCACUCAGUGCUAUCGGGACAUGGGGGCUCGCCACCGCGCCCGCGCCCACUCCAUACAGAUCAUGAAGGUGCAGGAGAUCCCCGCCAACAAGUGCCGCCGUCCCGCCAUCAAGCAGUUCCACGACUCCAAGAUCAAGUUCCCGCUGCCCCACAGAGUCCUGCGUCGCCAGCACAAACCCCGCUUCACCACCAAGAGACCCAACACCUUCUUCUGAGGGACCCCGCAAGCCCUUCAGCACAGAGACAAUGAAACGGGAAAACAAUCUGAGAAGAAAGCACUGUCUCUUGCAGCAUUUUGGGACUGGCUGGAGUUUUAUUUUUUAAAAUGCUGUUUGACUUUCAAGAUGAAUGGUCUUUCAUGAAUUUCACACACCUGGAAUUCUACAAUUCUAUGAUGUAUUAAAACAUUUGUUGUACUGAC